AUGACCUCGGUUGUAGGAUCUGUUUAUACCAGAUGGGGAAGAGAGGAUUGUCCAUCUAACGGAACAGAAUUAGUUUAUACAGGAAAAAUACAUUGUUAUGGCAACUGGCAUCAAGAAUAUUAUGGGAGACUGGCUGCCAAUGCAAACAAACAUGCAGCAGGUUCUGAAUACGUAUGUGUCGAUCACAUGGCACAGUAUCGAAAAGGAGGUGGUUCCAAUGCUAAUGGCAAACUAUUUUUUAAAGUUGAAGCUAAGUGUGGUUCACUGCCUUGUCCUCCGUACUACGACACGGCACCCAUGUCUUGUGUUGUCUGUUUCAAGUGA